UGGACAUGAAUAUGAAUUUGAAACAUUUUAUUGCCAUAUUUGUUUUAAAUUCACAUUUUUAUCCUUCCGCGAAACUUUGCACAGAUGCAUAAAAUGAUCGUAAUACCUUAUUAAGAUCCUCUGCUUCAUACUUGUCUGUCUCCAUUUUUUUCUCUUUUAGCCAGUCUUUGAGAAAUUUUAAUGCCCAUUCUGUAUCUUUUUUGGUGUUGGCUUCAUAGCUGUCAUGCUCUAUUUUGUCAAGUUCAGUCUCAGUAAGCUCUCUGUGUCUUGUCGUUGUUCGUUCUUCUAUCCACUGUUUAAAUGUUUUGUUUUUUCCGUACAUGUUAAAAUGAAUGUCAAAAUGUUCCAUUCUUAAUUGUGGUUGUCCAGUGUUUGCCACAAGAUGGCGCCAAACAGUAAUCUUUGUUGGCGCGGAGGGAUUUAAACAUACAAGUAGCACCGGCUAUGCGUUAUUACUUUGGAGCGGUUAUUAUUUGAAAAGAACGAACCUGCAAAUGUCUCAACUGACCAAUCAGAAUCAAGCAUUCCAGAGAGCCGUGUAAUAAAUAACCACAAUGCAUACUUGAGCUUUAUACAGCACAAUAAACCACAUAUUAUGAUUAAGUGAAUAAUAAAGUGCACUUUGCAAUUUGUCUGCUUUUGUGUUCCAAUCUAAUUCAUACACAUUUGUAACAACAUCAAACUACAUUUUUCGAUUAACCCUUGACCCACAUUAUAAUAAUAUAUUAACCGCUUUAUGGAUAUUUAUAUGACAGUAUAUUUAACAUUAUAUUAUAUUUUCCUGUUUGUUGAUAAAAAUGUUUUCCCUAUUUUCAGAGACUUACUGUAUGCUUUUGUAUAACAAUGCUGUAAUUUUGAGUGGUAGUUUAUUAACAAAAAAUCUGAAGGUUGAUGCCCUUUGUCCCUUUAAAGAUUCUUGAAUGAACUUUCACUCAAUUAUAAAUGUCACUGCAUGCAUAGGUUAAGAGAGAUAAACCUCUGCUUACACAUGUAGCUGUGUGACUUAUACUGGACUCAACAGAAGUUUAGACGGUAAUGAUAUUGCAUGCUGAAUAUUCACAGGUACAAUGAACGGAAAGGUUUAUCUGAUGUUUGGUCCAGUUUUCUUAACCCUCCUGGCGAUGACUGUCCCGGUUGUUCAGAGCGGGAAUGUUCUUGUCUUUCCUGUAGAUGGCAGUCAUUGGGUCAACAUGAAACUCUUGAUUGAGGCUCUUCACGCCAAAGGUCACAAUAUCACAGUCAUCCGGAUGUCAGACAGCUGGUACAUCAAAGAAUCUUCACCUCUCUACACAUCCAUCACUAUGAAGACUGCAGGAGGACUUAGUGAAGAAUUCCUGCAGGGGUUUACGUCAAAUAUGCUAAACAUUUUAAGGGACGGCUCCACUUGGACUCGCCUAAGACUGAAGAUGGAGAUGUUGCAAGCUAUUUUACAGAUGUCUGUAGUAGAAAGUGAUCUAAUAGUCAAGAUGUUUGAAGACCAGCAGCUAAUACAGUCCCUAAAAGAGAGCAAAUAUGAUUUGAUGCUUACGGAUCCAGCCAAGUUUGCAGGUGUAAUAUUGGGUCAUUAUCUUAGACUGCCCUUGGUCUGCAAUGUCCGGUGGACCUUGUUCAGUGAGGCUCAUUUUGCAAUAGCCCCUUCACCUCUUUCUUAUGUACCUAUGCCACUGAUGGAGUUAUCAGACCACAUGAGUUUCUUUGAAAGAGUGAAGAAUGUUUUAAUGUACAUCAUCACUGAAAUACAGGUCGCUCUGACAAUCGCUCCAUAUUAUAACGAAGUUAGCGAACGCUUCAUUGGGCCAGGAACAUCCUAUUUAACCUUAAUUCAAGGUGUUGAUCUGUGGCUCCACAGGGUUGACUUUAUUUUUGAAUUUCCACGGCCCACUAUGCCAAACAUCGUUUACAUGGGUGGCUUUCAGUGCAAACCAUCAAAGCCUCUUCCACAAGAUCUCGAGGACUUUGUGCAGAGCUCUGGUGAUCAUGGUGUCAUCGUCAUGUCUCUGGGAACAUUCUUUGGUCAACUUCCUGAUGAUGUGGCAGAGGCCAUUGCUGAAGCUUUUGCUGAACUUCCACAGAAAAUCAUCUGGAGGUACAAAGGAAGGAGACCAUCUGCACUGGGAAACAACACCUUAAAAAUGGACUGGAUACCGCAGAAUGAUCUUCUGGGUCAUCCUAAGACCAGAGCCUUUGUUGCUCAUGGUGGAACCAAUGGAAUCCAAGAAGCCAUCUACCAUGGGGUACCAAUCAUUGGAUUUGGACUCAUCUUUGACCAGCCUGAUAAUCUUUCAAAGAUGAGAGUGAAGGGUGUAGCCAAGACCGUAGACUUUGCCACAGUGGAUAAGGACUCCUUUCUAGAAACUGUCAAGGAGGUUCUUUAUAAUCCCAGUUAUCGGGAGAACAUGCAGAGACUCUCGAGACUUCACAGAGACGUUCCAGUGAAACCUCUGGACAGCGCCAUCUUCUGGAUUGAGUUUGUCAUGAGGCACAAAGGUGCCGCUCAUUUACGCACAGAGUCGUACAAAAUGCCCUGGUACUCGUAUCACUCCGUUGAUGUCAUGCUGUUCCUGCUGUCUGCUGUGUCACUCAUAAUGCUGACCACAUAUGUGCUUAUCAGAUAUUUAUGCUGCAGAAUAUGUAGGAGAAAAAACAAACUGGAAUGAUUUUUAAAAUUUACUAUGUCUUUUACUGAUACAUAUUGAAUGUUUCACUGUUUAUUUCAAAUUGGUCUUUAGUGAUUUUUACCAGUCAGGAUAAUUUUCCAUUUGGAUAAAAUACAAUAAUUUUUAAUACCGAAUACUGCUACAAGCUGAAUGGAUGCUCGCGUUGUGAUUGUGUUAGGGGCAGGGCCAUCCAGUUCAUCAUCGAGCCACCGAUUUAGCACCGCCCAAAUAAUCCUAUACACAAAAAUGUUAAAAACUGUUUAACGGUGAUUAACUACACAAUUUAGUUCUACAUAGUUCACAGUCUUUUUAACAUGUUUCAGCAAUACAUUUCUAACAUUUAUAAUGUGUUUAGAAACAACUCUCUGUAAUGAAAUAACAUGGAUUUUAACAUUUAGCUGAUGUGUUUUAUUGUUGUCAUCUGAGUAGAUCUUAGUUAGUGGGUGGAAGUUAAUCAUUAACUUCUGCUGCAUGAGGGAGUGGGGGGCAAGCAUUGGCCUCGCUUUUAAUAGCCCAUUUCAAAAUCAGUAAAACAAGAAUAUAAUAUUAGGUCCCCUCAUGGCUCUGAAAUUUGGAUAAAUAUAGUGUUGUUUAUCACAGUAGUUAUAAAUGAUGGCUAAUGGGUCAUUACCCAAAAGUGCAUCACAGGUCCGUUCCAAAAGAGUCUUGGACAGAUGGGGAAAAAUGAUGCUGACUGCAAAUAAUAAAAUCUAUCUAACCAUAUAAUUGUGCAGUUCGAAAAAAGCAAAAUAAAUGGCCCUGUCUGUGUCCCGUUUUGUUUUUUGAUGUCAAAGCAGUGCGUUCAGUUUUGGCUUAAAUGGAUCUGUCACUGAGUAAAAUAGCUGAAUUCAACAGAUCUGGGUCCUGAAGUAAAACCAACUGAGAAUGAUUAAUAAGGUGUCAAAGGUCUCUGAAUUUAACCAAAUUAUUUUGUGUCUGUCUAUACAUAUAUUCAUAUAAAUACAUAUACACACAUACAUAUAUAGGCCUUUAUAUAUAAAAAAUUAGUUAUAUGGACUAAGGUUUAGAUUGACGUGCUGCGAGUUAUUGGUGCUUUCUCUCUCUCUGUCUCACAAUCACAAGCGUGUUUGUACAUACACAAUCUGGAGCACACAUAUUUUGUAUGCGUGUUUGACAUUUUCCUGACUUUACACUUUACAAAACACAUUGCACAACUUUUUGCUGCUUUUGUGCUUUAAUAUGCUGCCAAGUUGCUAAAAAUAUAGCCGUAAUUGAAAGCAUUUAUCUGAGCAGAUACAAAAAGCAUUUCUUUGUUUUUUGUACAUCGUUUACAGGAUAACUAAGCACUUAAAAAUAAUUGUCUCUAUCUACAUAAUGCAGUUAGUGUAUAUGCAAGCACAUUUUUUGCAUGUGGUGUUACUGAUUGUUUGGUGACAUCCAGUUCAUACUUCAACCUAGACAACAUGCAGGCUAUUUCUGGCAUGUACAUCAGAGAAGAAAGAACAUUGUCUAAACAUCAGCAGUCUCAGCAGGUGCAGUAUAGACAUCACGAUGCUGUUGUUCACACAUUAGUAUUAUGCUGUCUGAGAUAGAUAUAGGCCUCUCUUGAGAUUCUCCAGAGUCAUUUUUACCUGCUGCAAUAUUAGCAAAUAAACAUCCCAGAUAGCAAGCUGAAAUAACAUCAUGCUGUUCUAGAUUAAGUUGAUCCUUUUGUAACUCUUCUUAAUAUCUUAUAAAUAUGUGACAAAGCAGAACAAAUGCUGAUAAACUUUGACAUUAUCACUCAUCCUACAAACCUCAACAAUGGAGACAAUCAUCAAACUAAUUUAGAUAAAACUCCAAUGUAUGCUGGGAGUCAUGAAUGAGUACUAUGUUGAUACACAUUAUGCAUUACUUCUGUUGGUUGUCACCAUUGUUGAGGUUUAUACAAUUAUUCAUGAUGUCCGAGAUCGAUUCAGUAAAGAAACCUUUUCUGAGUGUAUUUUUAUAAUUCAUAAGACUAUAACAGCCACUACACUGCUGCAAUUGAACAUUGUAGUAUUGCACAAUAUUUACAUAUCAAUAACACUUAUCACAAUUUAUCUUAUUAAGAUAAACCCAUUAACUUAUUUAGAUAAACACCCAAAGUAAACGUAACAUUAAAACAAUAGAAACAAGGGGUCAACUAAAGCAAACACUUAUCACCAUAAUGGUGGUUUGUUCAAAUUUCAAUUUUUUAAUUAAUGGAGGGCGCACAUUGACUCAAUGCAAUUAACAUUGACAAAUCAACCUUUUUUAACAUUGAUUUAGUGGUUUCUGUCUGCUCUCAUAUUAAUACUAAGUAUUGUUGAUACAUUUGAAUUGUUAUGGUAUAUGGUGUUUUUCUUCCUGUGUUCUUAUAAUAAAUAUUGUCACUUUUAGAAAUAAAGCAAGAUUU